CCCUCCGCAGACUCGUCCUCCCCUCGUUCUCCGGCGGUGGUCGGAACUUCCAGGCCGUCUUCACAGCUUGCUGGCGUCGGACCUUCCUCUCCCCACCGGCCGAUGCUGCGGAUUCGCGGCUCCGCGCGGCAUGUGACACCUUCUGCGGGAGAAGCGUUUGCGCACGGAUGAGCUGCAGCUCGUAGGCGACGGAGGAAACCGCAGACGAGACUUCCGACCAGUGACGUCACAGCAGGAUCAAAAGCUUUGAGGAGAAAAAGGGAUCAGAAGUUACGAGAGCCACAUUGUCCUGUCCCGCGUGUUGAAGUGGUGAGUUCUUCAUCAUCAUCAUCAUCAUCAUCGGUGUAGCAUCACCUGCUCCGGUUCUUCCUCCUUGUGACCUGCGUGUUGGGCCAUGGCGCGCGGCUGCGUCUGCUGCGUGAAGUACAUGCUCUUCCUGUUCAACCUCCUCUUCUGGCUCGGCGGCUGCGGUCUGCUGGGCGUCGGCGUGUGGUUGUCCGUGUCCCAGGGCAGCUUCGCCACCCUGUCGCCGUCCUUCCCGUCGCUGUCUGCCGCCAAUCUGAUCAUCACCGUGGGCACGGUCGUCAUGGUGACGGGUUUCCUGGGAUGCCUGGGGGCCAUCAAGGAGAACAAGUGUCUGCUGUUGAGUUUCUUCAUCGUCCUGUUGGUCAUCCUCCUGGCUGAGCUCAUCCUGCUCAUUCUGUUCUUCGUCUACACAGACAAGGUGAGGGACAAUGCCAGGCAGGACCUGAAGGACGGGCUGGUGCUGUACAACACGGAGGACAACGCGGGUCUGAGGGACGCGUGGAACACCAUCCAAGCCCAGUGGAAAUGCUGCGGCGUGAACGGCCACCAGGACUGGUCCGCCGCCCUGCAGAACAACGCGGUGCCGGACUGGUGCUGCCAGCAGCGGUACCCGGGCUGCGGACGCAACGCCUCCAGCACCUUCUGGACACGGGGUUGUUACGAGAAGGUGGAGGAGUGGCUGGACGAUAAUAAGCAUCUGCUGGGAACCAUCGCUAUGUGUGUCCUUGUUAUGCAGCUCCUUGGAAUGGCCUUCUCCAUGACACUGUAUCAGCAGAUCCACCACACGGCAAAGAAGUACAAAGCCUGAGGACACACAUGCAGUACUAUUAGUCAUGAACCCCACCAUUACUACGUGUACAUAGCCUUCACAACAGUUUCUGUAUUUCCCUGAAUAAACAUUUGUCACUUGUGAA